AUGUCAAAAGCUUUAUGUUGCUAUGCAUUUGAAACAUUGCUAAACAAGCUUAACCUCGAACAGACUAAAGUGCCCCUCAAGUCCUAUUUUGAGGCGGUGCACGAGGAUGCCAGCAAACUCCCCAAAUCAGCUCCUCUAUUCGUCACCUGGAAUAAAAAUUCGCAAUUGCGAGGAUGCAUAGGGACAUUCCAGUCAUUAGCAGUUGAGCCAGGUGUUGCCAAGUUUACCGUUAGCUCGGCAUUUGAAGACCCGAGGUUUGCACCAAUCGCCGCCAAAGAGGUCGCUGAUUUAGAGGUGGAUGUGACAUUGUUGGAUAGAUUCCAGCCAAUCUCGGACUACAAUGACUGGUCUAUUGGUGAACAUGGGUUGAAGAUAUCUUUUGAGCUUGAUAGCGAAUACUAUCUGGGAACUUUUCUCCCAUCAGUGGCAGAGGAACAAAACUGGGACAAGCCCACAACUUUAUAUUACUUGCUCAAGAAAGCAGACUAUCCGGUUAGCAAGAAACUGACUGAAGAAUUUUAUUCAACGGGAUUGAAGGAAGGGUGGUUGAAAUUGACAAGAUAUGAAGGACUAAAGGUACAUAUCGCGUAUGGCGAUUUUAUCGCAAUAAGAAAGUCAAUUGUGAACUAG